AUGACUCCAGCAAUGAUCUGGCCAUUUUUCAUCCUCCCCGUUCUUUCGCAGCUAGUCUUCACCAACGCCAAAAGCUACACCUUCCCCAAAUUCGAAUCGUCAGCCACCUACUUCGAGCAAAGCGACCUGGACAUCUCGCCAAACCAAGUCAACUACAGCCACAACUUUGGUUUGAAAAAUGAGUAUUCCUGGAGCGACGUCGUGGGUCAAACGGACGCCUACCACAAGCUCUUCUUCAUCAUAAGACACGGCUUUGGCGUCCACCAAUGCCCCACGCCAUCCCAGGAUUGGACCUGCUACUGGCAGGAGAAAGACGGCUACAACGGCCAAGUAUGGGCCGAUGCACUCUUGACUCAACAAGGGAUCGACGAAUGCACCAAGCUCAACACUCAAAUCAAAAACACCGCCAAUCUCCCUCAAGUUGACAAAUUCUAUGUUUCCCCCUUGAGACGAACUUUGCAGACUUGGCAGCAUUCAUGGCAGGGCAUCUCCAAUAAGAGUCCCUUGGUGGUUGAAUUCGCGAGGGAAACGUACGGAAUCCAAACUGAAAGCAAGAGACACCCUCAAUCCUACAUUCAAGCCAACUGGCCCCUGGUCCAUUUCGAAGACGGCUUCAGCGCAAACGAUGAAUUGUGGAGUGCCUCCAAGAGGGAAACGGGGCAACAUAGAGACUAUAGAGCCGCAUCGCUCUUGAACCAGAUCUGGGAUAGCACCACCGAGGACGACAAGGUCAUCACCUUGGUUUCGCACUCCGGUUUAAUUGGCUCGAUUUUGAAAGUCAUUGGCCACAGAGAUUAUCCCAUUGAAAAUGCUGUCUUGUUGCCUGUUUUGAUCCAACGAAAGAAACACAAGACGGAUGAUUACUCGUUGGAUAAAGCUAGCAAGACUUUUGGCGACAUUUGCACUGAUCCUCCCUCUACAAUCACCGAGGGUCCUGGACUCACUUGCAGUGCUGCUCCAUUCACUGAAGCUGCAUAA